CAGAAUGACAAAAUAAAUUUGUUAGAGCCAGCACUCUAGUAGCUUAGCUCGAAAGCUACCUCAGUGUGUUUGUCUAUAAUUACAAACGCUCGUCUUGUCGUGACUGGCGAGACUCAUACAUGAGGAGCGCCAUGAACUUGAAGGAAUGGCGGCCGGCCUUGUUCAUGGUACUGGUCCAAAUUUUCACAAGCGGUCAGGUGUUGCUCACCAAGGUGGUGGUGGACGGCGGGUCAUUCGUGUGGACCUUGCUCGCCUACCGAUUCUUCCUUGGCGCCAUCUUGGCUCUCCCCUUGGCUAUGUUCUUUGAGAAAGGCAAGUUGAAGGAGCUUAAAUUGAAGGCAUUCAUAUGGAUUUUCACCAGUGCACUUGUUGGAUUCACAAUUCCUGGUUUGUACUACAUUGCCCUCGGAGAUACAUCGCCGGGAUACGCAAUAAACUUCUAUAACAUCAUCCCGAUCGCCACGUUCAUACUCGCGGUCCUUUUCAGGAAGGAACCACUACACAUGAGGAGCCUGGUGGGGAACAUAAAAAUUGCCGGAACCCUAGUCUGUGUUGGAGGCACAUUGGUGAUCAGCCUAUACAAGGGUAAGGAGCUGCACCUCUGGCCAACCAACAUCGUUGGCUACCACCCUAAGCAAGCAGGAACUGCGUUUGGGCACCACCAUGUGCGUGGAACCGUCUUGCUCAUCACCACCUGCCUCGGCAUCGCCAUCUGGUACACAAUGCAGGCUCAGAUGCUAAAAGUGUUUCCAUACAAGUAUUGGUCGACAGUGUGUUCGUGCUUCGUGGGGAGCAUCCAAAUGGCUGUCGUGGGGAUUAUCCUGAACCGACAAAAGGCGACAUGGGAGCUCAAAUGGAACAUGAGCUUGCUCACCAUUGUGUACUCGGCGAUACUCAAUACUACUGCCAAGUUUGUGAUGAUCUCGUGGGUCGUCACGCAGCGCGGUCCAACCUACCCAUCCAUGUUUGGUGCCGUGUCCGUGUUCUUCACUACUGUUCUUGACUCGCUACUUCUUGGCCAUGAUCUCUCUGUUGGGAGUAUCCUCGGUAUCUUUAUGAUUCUAGCAGGGCUCUACCUUUUCCUAUGGGGAAAGAGAAAAGAAUCGGUGUCUCUGGGUGAAGAAAACCCGAAGGAAGAAAUGCAGUUUCAGAGUGGAGAUGAGAACAACAGAUCGGUAUCCAACGUAUGAUUUGCUUUGUCUAGCGAUAUAAAAAGGGAUUGUCCAAAAUUCUUUGUAUGUAUGAAAAACAGAAAGAAAAAAAUUGUAUGAUCUAUAUAUACAUAUGCUAGAAAAAAUGUAUUAAGUGUCUUUAUUGUAGUUGGUGUUAUUCAAGCCAUCUAAUGAAGCCACAAAAUGGCAUUAAUUAAUUCUAA